ACGGAACAGGAACGGAUAGCAUUUUUUGUGUGCUAUCAAGAACUAGCGCCUUUUUUGCGGCUGUUUUUUUUCGCACGCAUUGUUCAUUAUCUCAUUUUUCUUAUCAUUUCACGCAAUUUUUCUAGUCGGCACUACGAACCAUUGACGUGACAAAGCACACGAACAAGGGACAUAAAAAUGUGCGCGCCCGAGGAAAAGAACGCUAGCACUUCUACCGACGAACAGUCCCCGGAUUUUUCCGCCACCUCGUCGUCGUCGCUGAUUCCGGUGUUCGGCUACGGCUCCAAUAACCUCGAGCAGGUGGGGCAGCGGGUCCAGGCAACGGAUUUGCAGCUCCGGGCGGCGAAAGCCAUCCUGCCAAGGUACCAGCGAAAGUUCGUUUGUCACUCGAACCGGUGGGGCGGGGGAAUCGCCACGGUGGUGGAAAAUCGUAGCCAGACUGCGGGGACAUCAAGGACCUACUGUCGCGGCUCUGUGAUUUGGUUGUCGCGAGAGGAGCUGGAAAGGCUCGACAAGUGGGAGGACGUCGUCAGUGAAGAUCCGAAAAACAGUACUCGCAUGUACCGGCGCGAGGAGCUGGAGGUGGAGAUAAUUAUAGGAGAAUCUGUGGCCGCUCCACCCGCUCCACCCACGUCUGGGUCGUCUCAUUGCAGCAGCUCACAAGGUGUAGGUGAUGCCGGCAAGAGCAAGUCUUUAUGCGGUAGUGUACCGCUAGAAAGGGUGAAAACAGUGGCAGCGCAGGUGUACGUGAAAAAUGUAGACACGCCGGAGAAUUUGCCGAGUCCGGCGUACCUGACUGCCUGCGUGCGGAAUCUCGCGUAUUUCUGGAGCGAGUACGAAAUGGAACGAGUAUAGGCGUAGUGUGUUUGCUAUGCGAGGCUUCUCAAAGUUCAAUGCGGCCCUGUGACACUGUCAGAGCUGUGCACAUCAAGAACUUUGGGAAGUAACGCAGGCUGCAGACGAGUUUUUUUCCAAUGGGAUAUCCGAAAAGAAAUCGCGGACGAGCUGCAGGGACUGGAAAAAAUAGCGCUGGCCGAAUUUUCGCAGGACUGUAUCCGCGCUUGACAAAAAUCAAAUUGGAUUUUGAGGACGUUGGUCGUUUCAGGCAUCUGCAUAGAAAAGACAAUUCGAACGCGAAACCGAGCACCACCGUGGAACUCUUUUAUCGUCUCUCAGCGCGCAGCACGACAUUCACAUUCACAUUUUGGACAUACUUCUAUUUCCAUUUUCAGUGGACGAAAUUCAGGCAGAAUGCUCCAAUUUUUCCGCUGUUACAGCAGUUUAAGUAACGGUGUGUGACGAGGACAAUUAUUUCCGUGGAUCUGACGGC